GCUCAGGGGUGGUGGUUGUUAAGCAGCAAGUUGUGCUACUUGUCUGCUGGCUGUUUCCUUGGCUUGUCCCUUCACCCCCCUCCCUCACCCCCCUCGUCGGGCCAGCUCUUCCGCCGCCCGCAGCUGCAUCCAGUACCGUUUCCAGGUGCGCCGGCAGCGCUCUCCAUCCCCUCCUCCGGGCAGUGCUCGUCCGUUAUGGGGAUGAUGCACCUUUGAGAUGCUUGGCUCGGGCUUCACCCGGCCUCGUGUCCCUCCCACGUACGGUUGAUGCCCCUGGAGUGGAUUGUGCCUUACCGUUAGUCGUGGCGGUCUCUGUUCGACUCCGUGACGGCUGUGGUACCCACUCUCCUUUCCCUCUCUCCUACCUUUCCCCCUUCUCCCUCGGCCCUCUGCAUCCCGGGUACCUCCCGACCGAGCACGUCCUGGACCUACGCUUUAGGACCUACCCAACGGGAUAUCCUCCGCCCUUCUUCAUCAUGAAUCCCAAUAUCAGGAAGAGGCGGGCUUACGGCCACCCGGAGGCACCUGCAGAGCCGGUCCUCUCUGGCCUUCCUUUGCUGGCCAGCCACGACACUGUACCACCCUUGGCAGCUGAUCAUCGGUAUAUACUUGAACCCGCACCGCUGCCAUAUGCGCUUCCACCCGGCACCUGGGACGCGAGCUCUCCAGACCAUCAUCCGUACUUUCAGGAGCAAGCGGCCUUGGUCCUCAACGAGCCAUUGGGCUCCUUUAUCAAUUUCGACAGUCCGCCGUACCCAUAUUCCAGUAACAACCCACACCACUUCCUCAAGAAGCCGCGCCUAGAUCAGACCAUUCACAUGCGGGCACCGUGUUCUGGCGAUCUUUGUGCGCAGGAUGGGCAAGAGAAGUCUCCUCCUGCUCUCUCCUCCGGCUGGACUGGCAAGCGGCUGGCUGAUUGUCUUGCGAGCUUUUCUGUGUGUUCCACAUUUGAGCCUCAGCCUUCGUACCAGCCGCUUCUUACGCCUCCGUUGUACGACUACGAUGAUUCUAGGCCGCCGGCUUUGAAUACAGCCAUUGUGUCCGUACAGCCUCAGGCUCAAGCCGCUCUGCUGCCUACUCCCGUCAGUCCAGGCACUACGGCACUAUUCGCUUGCGAUGAUCCUGCGUUGAUGGCUCAGUAUGUCUCCGAUCAUCCACCGCUGCAGCCCAUUCGACCCACGGGACUUCAGCCGGCGAUCACAAGAGAAGAAAUGGUCUACCCAGGCCUUUCGGCAUCGGCCCAGUUCGACGGCAGCGCAGAAAGCCUCCAUGGUGCUUCAGGCCUUGAAAGAGGGCUUCAGCGCCAGCCCUAUAAUGGUGACGUGCCCCUGGGGACAGGCGCAAUCGCUGGUGUGUACGGUGCUGGCCAAGCUUCCACGUCCUAUGCCGGUCACGGCAUCGUCACAGCCCUGCCUUCGCACUCUGUCCCGAUGCACCCCCUCGAUGUCAAACCAGCCGCCGAGCGCGGGGAUGUCCAGGACGGGGGUACACGCCUGGAUUUCUUCCAGGUUCCGAGGACGACUCCUGUCAAACGCGGGCCUUUCAAAGACCAAGACUCCCGGGAGAAAACAGCCCUGACCAGGAAGAUGGGAAGCUGCAUCAGAUGUCGAAUGCAGCGGAUCAGGUGCAACCUUGACCCCGAGAACGAGAGAGGCCCGUGUCUCUCCUGCAAGAAAAUUGCCAGUAGCACUAAGGUUUACCGGCUGAACUGCUUGCGCCUGAAGAUCACGGAUGUGAAGCUGUUCAAGCCGGGCCAAGUCAAGGGGCAAGAGUGGACUAACCGAUGGAAAGACGGCGUGAUGGACGACAUCGGGAACUGGGAAUCGUCCGAGGUGAGAACGAUACACGUCACAGAAGGUUACACGGGCAAAUCGGUCAGGUUGCAGGUUCGACAGUUCAAACCACAGCCCGGCGACAGCCUCGAGCGAAAAUGGGUGUCGAAAAAUGGCACGAGACAAACGGUCCAGAUCCCUGCCUUUGCCAUUGUCAAUCUGGACGACGCCAAAGCUGCCUUUGACCAGUACAUCAAGCUCGGUUUGCUGGGCUGCUGCGACUAUCUGCUCGGCCCGCGAGACGAGCUGCUCUCGCGGACUUAUUCUCUUGCUAUUAGCACGGCGAAGGAUAUCGCAACGCCGCUGUCGGAGAGGAGCCUGCUCAUGACGACUCUCGAUCUCUGGAUGUCGGUCCGUCUGACGACAAAAUCGUUCGAAAUUGUAGGCGACGAUACGCUGGGCAUGCCGCGGGACAUCAUCAAGGAUCAGGAUAAUCCUCUUCACGGGAAGAUUCCGCUGCCACCGGUGAUGGGAGCGCAGAUCGAUUCGGUCAUUAUCCACCAGAUCCAACCUCGACUCCGGCGGAAGACCCUCGAGGAGCUGCAGAAGAUGACGCAGGAGAAGAAGCCAAAGACGUGGCUCACCACGUACCUCGUGACGUUCAUCUUGUUGCACAACAUCGCCCUGAUCACCAAGCACGAUGCAGACUAUGCAAGGAAGCACGGGUUGAACAGGCGGUUCGCCAGAGAGGCCAAUGUCAAGGAGUACAACUUGGGCGCAAACACACUUCUUGCCUACUUCCACUACUGCAACAAGGCGACAUACCCGUUUUCCUCCGAGUGCAAGGACCAGGACCUCCGGGCGCUGGCGGAGCUCGACGAUGAUGCCAUCUCCUUUGUCCACUACACCAGGCAAUUCGUCGCCGAUCACAGGAAGGAAUGGGAGGACUUGUGGAUCCGAGACGACUAUGAGAAUGAGUUCUACUACGUGAGCCAACUCUUCGAGCAAAACUGGCAGCCCCGGACCAUGGCCUAGGUGUCUUGUUUGGCGGGGGAUUUCUCGGCUU